AUCUACGAAGUCCUCAAAAUCACGGACGGACUUUUUGCUGUCCUCAAAAUCAGUCACAUGAAACACGAGCAGCAUCUCACUCGUCUGGUCUCUGUUUCGAGGAUUAUAUCACACAGUAUCAUUUGUUUAACUUUUCGACAGCUAUUCUGGAUCCUGGGGUUGCAUCGCGAAAUAGUCAGAUUUUGAACAAGUUUAUGAUAAUUUUCUGGUUGGGAAGUACCGGAAACUUUAGUGUGAAUUAGGUCCAGUUGUUGCGGGAACAGUGCAAGGAUGGGGGAGAAAUUUUGGUUAAUUGAAGAGGACAAGGCUCUGGUUGAAAGUGUGCUGGGCGCCGAAGCCGUUCAAUUCUUUGUUUGGUUGGCUUCCAGUAAUAUAUUGUCAGAAUUUGCUGCACCUGCUGGGGAUGUAGGAGUUCAGGAUGGGCUAUCCAAGGUUGUCGAGGGGUCUGAUUGGACUUAUGCCAUUUAUUGGCAAGUUUCUACGUCGAAAUCUGGGAAAUCAGCUUUGAUUUGGGGGGAUGGGCAUUGCAGAGAUCCCAGGGGAACCGAGAAGAUGGAUGGAAAUGAUUAUAGAGAUCAAAGAUUCGCGGGAGGAGAUAGGAGAAAGCAGGCGCUUCAAAAGAUUCAUGCUUGUUUUGGGGGUGCAGAGGAUGAUAACGUUGCUGCCAAGUUGGAUUCAGUUUCAGAGCUGGAAAUGUUUUAUCUAACAUCCAUGUAUUAUGCAUUUCCGUUUGACAAGCCUUCUACGCCUUCUCAAGCCUUCAAUACCAGCAGAACGAUCUGGGUUUCUGAUCCACGGAGUUGUUCUGAAAAUUAUCAAUCAAGAGCCAAUCUUGCAAAAUCAGCUCGGAUUGAGACCGUGGUCUUUGUUCCGUUCAAGUCCGGUGUUGUGGAGAUUGGUUCUGGAAAAUCACUCUCUGAAGAUCAGAAUGUUGUUCAAAUGGUCAAAACGUCUAUCACACCUAAUGUCGUGCAUCCCAAAACGGCUCCGAAGAUAUUUGGUCAAGAACUUAGUCUUGGAGGAGGGAAAUCAGGUCCAAUCAGCAUUAGUUUUUCUCCAAAAGUAGAAGAUGAUUCACUUUUUGUUUCUGACUCGUAUGAGUUGCAAGCCUUAGCUGGUUAUGGACCUUCCAAUGGGUACCGGAGCGAUGAUGGUGAAGUGAAGCUUUUUCCCCAGAGGAACCAAGGCAUUCUUUCUAAUUUGGAGCAAGCUAAGGACGAUUCCUUGAUGCUGUCCGACGAUCGUAGGCCUAGAAAGAGAGGUAGGAAGCCCGCCAAUGGCAGGGAAGAACCACUGAAUCACGUGGAAGCAGAAAGGCAAAGACGCGAGAAGCUGAACCAGCGAUUUUAUGCACUGAGAGCUGUUGUCCCAAACAUCUCAAAGAUGGACAAGGCCUCCUUGCUUGGUGAUGCAAUUGCAUAUAUUACUGAUCUACAGAAAAAGAUAAGGAUCAUGGAAGCUGGGAGAGAGAUGGUAAAUGACAGACAAAAGCAGCCUGCUAUGACAGACAUUGAUCUUCAGGAAAGGCAUGAAGAUGCAGUUGUACAAGUGAGCUGUCCUUUGGAUGUCCACCCUGUUUCUAGAGUUAUAAAGGCGAUGAGGGAACAUCAAAUUGUUGCUCAAGAGUCCGAUGUUUCUUUGACUGAAAAUGGUGAAGUUGUGCACACAUUCUCCAUCAGGACUCAAGGCGGCGAUGCUGAACAUUUGAAGGAGAAGCUGGCUACAGCUCUUUUCAAUUGAUCCGUCCGUUCAAUUGUACUUUGUGUAAUAUGUACCUGAUUUGAGUCCGUGCAAUCUUUUGUAGUAAGAGGGAUUCAUGAUCUACAGAUUGACGAGUCCUCAGUGAAGAGAACAGGUGUACUUAAAUUAUUUUCUAUUGCAGUUGAUUUUGACUCCAUGGUAUGUGUAAUAGUUGAAAAUUACUUGUUAACAAUUUUAAUUCUGUUUUA